AUGAUAAAAACAAUUAAAUUCAGAAAGAAUAACGAAUACUUGGGCUGCAGAUAUUUUAAGUUGCUUAUAUCGGUGCAUGUACCAACGGAAGACAAAGAUGAGGUUACAAAAGGUCUGGUUUACUACACUUUGGAGAGGAAACCAGCCCAGCUUCUCAAACAAGACAUGACACUAACCCUGGUAGAUUUCAAUAAGAAAAUUGAACAAGAAAAGACAUUCAGACCUCAUGUGGGCAUACAGCCUGCACAAAGCUUCGGACGCAACGGUCUAAGAGUACCAGAUCUUGCAGCAUCAACUAAUAUGUUAAUAAAGUCCACUAUAUUUGAACACAAAGAUAAACACAAUAACACAUGGAGAUAUAAUUAUGGUGUAACUAGGAACCAAAUAGAUCACGUUAAAGUUAAUGCAAGGCAAGUACGUUAUGUACUAGACCUGAGAAGCUACAAGGAAGUAGAUGCCAAUUCCGAUUAUUUUCUGAUCAAAGCCAAGAUCAAAGCCAGAAUAGCUAUAGUAAAUAACACGCGAACCACUCGUCUCUCUGCUCAGUGGGAUAUAGAAAAGCUUCAUCAGACACAGUAUCAGGGAGAACUAGAGCGACUUAUCAGACAAAACACUAAGACCUCAUACAAUACUGAUAUGGAGACGUAUUGA